ACGACAGAGUUCAGUGCGCAUGCGAGGUAACGAAGUGCUGGACGGGAUGGCGGAUUCCGGGAACGAAGAGGCAGCAGUGAUCGGAAAUACUGACUUCACCGCCGCCGAGCUACACAACAACACAAACAACACGAUGAUGGAAGAAGGGGUGCCUCUGCUGAAGAAAAUGGAGAUCAGUGUUUCAGAGGCAGAGAAGAGAACAGGGAAGAAUUCAGUGAACAUGCAGGAGGUCUAUACGGUCUACCUAAUCGAAACACGGCCAGUCGACGCCAUAACUGAAGGGCUGAGCACGGCCCCAGACUCUCUCUGGAGGAGAUACAGUGAAUUUGAGCUGCUGAGGAACUAUCUAUUAGUUACUUUCCCGUACAUUGUUGUACCUCCAUUACCUGAAAAACGAGCAGAAUUUGUCUGGCACAAGCUGUCAGCAGAUAACAUGGAUCCUGAUUUUGUGGAAAGGAGGCGAAUUGGACUGGAGAACUUUCUGCUUCGCGUUGCUUCACAUUCUGUCCUCUCGAAAGACAAGAUAUUUUACCUGUUUUUAACACAGGAUGAUGGCUGGAAAGACGUGGUGUAUGAUACAGGCUUUCAGGCAAAGGCUGACUCCAGGCUGAAAGCUCUGAAUGCUACCUUUAGAGUAAAGAAUCCUGACAAAAGAUACACAGAACUGAAACACUACAGUGAUGAAUUGCAGUCAGUCAUAUCACAAUUGCUUCGAGUCAGAGCUAAAGUAGCAGACCGUCUGUAUGGGGUAUACAAAGUUCAUGGAAAUUAUGGAAGAGUAUUCAGUGAAUGGAGUGCCAUAGAGAGGGAGAUGGGGGAUGGGCUGCAGAGUGCUGGUCACCACAUGGACGCGUAUGCUGCUUCGGUGGAUGAUAUACUGGAAGAAGAGGAGCACUAUGCAGAUCAGCUAAAGGAGUAUCUUUACUAUUCUGAAGCCCUAAGGGCGGUUUGCAGGAAACAUGAGCUAAUACAGUACGAGUUGGAGACCGCUGCUCAGGAUCUUGUCUCCAAGAAGCAGCAACGUGAAGAGUUGGCAACUGGGACUGUGAGGACGUUUUCCCUGAAAGGAAUGACCAGCAAGUUGUUUGGACAGGAGACACCAGAGCAAAGAGAGGCAAAGUUAAAAGUCUUAGAGGAACAAAUAGUUGAGGGGGAGGAGUUGGUGAAGACCAGUAACGCAGAAUGCGAGGAAUAUGUACGGAAUGCUUGGAUAGAUAUUGAUCGCUUUAAAGAGCAGAAGAACCAAGACCUGAAGGAGGCCCUUAUCAGCUAUGCUGUGAUGCAGAUUAGCAUGUGUAAAAAGGGAAUUCAAGUAUGGACCAAUGCUAAAGAGUGUUUCAGCAAGAUGUGACGUUGAUACCAAAUCCUGUAACUUCAGAGGAGCAACAAACCACAGAAGCAAAGCCAAUGAUAACAGACACCAAGGAAGUGUUGAUGAAAUAACACAGGACCUUAUCAGGGGGGAGCGUAGUGGAUCUUCUUUUAACGUGAUUGGACCAAAUCUUUUAUUUCAGAGGCAGAAAAUUAUAAUUUUUUACAAUAAGGUGAAGUCAUGUUUUAGUAAAGAAACAAAAUAAGAUAUAGAUGAGUGGAAACAUGAAUGGUACCCUUUAAAAACAAUCUGCCGCUGCUAAAUUCUUGUAAAUUAUAUAGAUUUAGAUAGUUUCCAUAUGUACUCACUAGAUGCCAGUUUUUUUCUAUAGGUUUUUUUUUUGUGCAUGUUUUCUGAGGUUUUUUAAAAAUGUAGUUUUGGUUGAAAAUGUUUCCCUCAAAAUGGUUUUUGGACACUGCACACAUAUUUAAACGCAUGGUUUCCAUCAUUUUUAAAUAUGAAAAGUUAUUUGAUAUUUUUUCAUUUCUUGUAUUUCUCAUAUGUAUCAUAUCAUUUGGCUGUACUUACGGUCUUAAUGAUAUAUUUUGAAUCCAGUGCUUUAACAUAGACCUAUGCAAAAUACGUUUAACAGUGCUGUUUGUGAUUUAUGACAGCUAACCCAGAAUAUAUUAAAUACACAACGAACUACUUUGCAUAUUCAGAUUUCAGUUUAAACUGAUGAGGAUUUGACAGAGAUUUCCAUUACUUUAAAGAAAACACUACUGUUGUGACUUACUCCUGAUGUUUUUAAAAGGUGUUUAAAACUUCUUACACAAUUGAAAGAAGUGCUGAAGGUGUUUUCCAAUAAACCACACACUAGUCUUGCCAAAGUAGCUGGCUUCCAAACUCUUCUCUCAUGAAAUAACCUUUUUUUUUAUUGCAAGCACAGUAUGUUCAUGAGCACUUAUCACUGUCUGGGUGUUGCAAGCUGGAACAAAAUCUUGGGACUUUUCCUUGUAUCAGGGGAGUGUCCUGCUUCCAAAGGAUACGUCUCCAUUCACUUUUUAAACGUGGGUUAUAUUAGACCCAUAUAGACAUAACUGGUCAGGCAUACCCAGGGUGCAGUAGAUAAAGAACUAAAACUGACUGUAAAUGCCAACUUCACAAGAGAAGAAACAUAGAAAGAGACAGAUGCCACAGAGCUACACCUUGCAAAUACAGUGUAGAUGUUUUAUUUGAUGCAGUUUGAUUCCAUCUGCUAAAUGCAACUAGUGCCUGCUUUUGUUUAGUUUUUUGUGUCUUUUAUCUAGACUUCAAUGUUAGCCUUUAUUGUCAUGCUUGAUUUUGUAGAUAGCUCUAGUAAAUUUGACAAGGGAAAGAAUGUGUACAUACAUUGUAAGCAUUGUGCCAAAAAUGAUAAGGAAUAAAGCUUCUAAAUUGUCAGAUUUUGCUUUUUUGUGAAAAUGUACAAGGUGGUUAAAUUUCUAUAGAAAAAUUACUGUUAAAUAUCUUCAUGAAUAAAAAUGAAUCUUAAAAUACA